ACUCCAGAUAAUUGACUAUUGAAAUUUGUAUGGCGUUUAUAAUUAUUUACCGUUACCGUUUUAAGGUGGGGAGGUUUUACCCAACGUUAGCGUAACGUUAUGUCAACGUCUUGUCAAAUUUACUAACGUUAACGUUAGCUUAAAGUUCCUCGUUCGCUAACGCACAUUCAUGAGUUAUGCUAGCUUUUGUAUGUUAAUUAUGGAUAAUUCGUCCACGACUGACAUAUUGGGAGUUGUGGCUAAAUUCGUUCAUGCUAGCAUUAUCAGUGUUAGUUAGUUUAGGCUAACUUGAACUAAAUUAGAUCUUUUAACACUGGCCGAUCUAACGUUAGCUUCCAUGGCACAGCACAGUUAUCUGAAGUCGGUUGAUAUGUAACGCGACUCUAUGUUGGAAAUAUAAGAAUAAGAAGAAAGUAAUAUUUUUCCUGAUCUCCGUCCCAUCUCUAGAGUGAAGGAUGUCAUCCUUUUCCUCAGUGUGUAAAACCAUCCAUGCAUCACCUUCACCCUCAUUCAGAGAACACACCUGUGACUCUGUUGGUGUGAUAUUUAGCCAAGGCGGAUGUUUGACACAAGAUCAGGGGCAGAUGUUGGGAAGUGAACUUGGCCUGAUGGAGAUGUCAGAGGUUGAGUAUACACACCUUCAGUACCUUAUCCAGGCACACAUGGAGGCACAAGCUGCGCCUCCAGAUGGGCCAGAUGCCAGAUCUUACCCUGCUACAGUGAUGGGUAAAGACACCACUGGAUCAAUAGAGAUUUCUCCAAUCUCAUCCACUCAAGCAAUUGACCUAUCAACUUCAACUGAUGGCCUGGUGAUGCCAGGAGAAAAGACACCAGCUUCUUAUGGAGAGGUCCCAAGUUUUGUGCUGGCAAGGGUCAGAGGUGAAGACAGUCCCACUGAACCACGUACCAACAGCAGCACAUCCUUACAGAUGAGAUCCAAAUCAGCUGCUAGAGUUUGCUUGGAGAAAAGGUUCAACACCAUGUCUGCUGACACCCCAAGACAGCAAGAUAUUCAGUCUGCAGUUCUUAGCAAUUUAUUGACAAUACUCCAGCAGUCUGCAGAGGCUCAAGAGGCAGUCAUACAUCCUCAAAUUCAGAAGUGGAUGAAAACUGAGAGAGCAAAUCCUUUUGAGGUUUCCAGCCCAUUUGUAGGGGGUGCAUUUAACCCAGUCACCAACAUGUGUGAACAAGUGAUUAGCCAUAUUCCUCAUAUGGUUGAACCUAACAAGCAUCAAGGUUUAAUCAUCCCCAAGAGUUUUUCAUUUAAAUUUCACCCAGAGAUGGUUGUUACAAAAGCUCACUAUACAAGUGGCAGCAACUCAACAGAGGAGCAGCAGUUGGUGAACAUAGCAAAUGAUGUGGCGACAUCUGCUGCUGCCUCCAGGAAGCACGGUAGCACCUGCACCUUUCAACCCAUCAAGGCUCAUAAGGUGAUCCCAGACUCUGCUGGCGAAUCAGGGAGCAGCACCAGGAAAAGACCUCAACCUCAUGUGCUACUUAGUCAGCGCAGGGAGAGACACAACAGUAAGGAGAGGGAACGCAGAAAGAGGAUUCGUUCGUGCUGUGAUGAGCUGAACAUGCUGGUGCCGUUCUGUGAGUCAGGUACAGACAAAGUCACCACCCUGCAGUGGACCACUGCCUUCCUCAGAUACAUCAAUAAAAUGUACGGCGACACCUUCAAAGAGGAGUUUCAGAAGGCAUUCACCAACGGGAAAGGACUCUUUCUUAAAUCCACCGCUUCUUCAGACCAGGACCCAAUCUACCAGGAGAUGGACGAGACACUGAGCAUUCCUCACGCGGUAGAACAGUGACCCCACUCACUAUUUUAUCUGUUGAAUCAGCCAGAUAUUUGAGUACAUUUUAAUUUAACCUCUGAAGUAGGUUCAGUUGUCCCAUCGGCUCUGGUUAUAGGUUGGGUCAAUGUGUUUUUGAAUGACAAAAAGCAUCCUUUUGAGAGGAGCUCCACAUCUGACUACAUUACUAUGGUUUAGAAUGAGGAACGUUUUUAGUCUCAGACCAUGUGAUGCUCUCACUGGCUUUCUUUAGCUGACCACACUGUAUCAAACUAGUGUUUGAAUUGCCACGCUAUUUCGUCUGAUAUAUUUAUUACCCCUUAAGAGGCUACAUUUCCUCAAGAGGCAACAUUUGUUAAAAAAGGGCUUUUCAUAGAGUCAUACACAGGUGGCACUGUUUCUCUUUGAAAGACAGAUGAUGGUGCUCUAAUGAUUAAAUUUCAGCUCUUCAGUUAUAGAUCUAGCAAAUUUUACCCUUUAUCUGCUUAAUUCAAAUUUAGUUUACUUGAAUUUCUAAUGAAUGUUUUUUUAAAUGACUUUGUUUGAUAUUUGUUCAGACAGUACAGUGUUCAGUUUUUGUCCACAUACAUUUAUUCUUUAAUCACAUAUUUAAGUGUUUUGCAUGGAAGUAAGUG